GUCAGAGUUCACUCGCUGAGUUAGCAUGUAGCAUUUUGGUAUCUCUCCGGAGGUAGGCUCGCUUCAAAGCCUUUGCUGCUGUUUUCGGCAAGAGUCUCACUGAUGUUUGCUUCUCCUAUCUGUCUGCAACAAUGACCACCAUCGUCCAUGACACAUCAGAGGCGGUGUGCCUGUCUGCGGAGUACAACCUGUACCUGAAGCCCAUAGCCAAAAUGACCGUCAGCGUGGCUUUGCCUCAACUCAAGCUGCCAGGGAAGAGCAUCUCCAACUGGGAGGUAAUGGAGAGGGUAAAGGCCAUGGUGGCUCCGGAGCAGUUUUCAGCCCUGAGGAUCUCCAAAAGCACUUUAGACUUCAUUCGCUUUGAGGGCGAAGUGGAAAACAAGACAGUGGUGAAGAGCCUGUUGGGUCGACUUGAUGGAAAGACUAUAAAACUCAGUGGAUUUACUGAUGUACUGAAGGUACGUGCAGUAGAAAAUAAAAUGGAUUUCCCGACGCGUCACGACUGGGACUCCUUUUUCCGUGACGCCAAGGACAUGAAUGAGACUCUGCCAGGAGAGAGGCCCGAUACCAUCCACCUGGAAGGGCUUCCCUGCCGCUGGUUUAGCCAGAAAGACAGUCAGUUCCCUGAUCGGCCUUCAGAAGAGGUCCUCAUCGCCGUGUUUCAAACAUUCGGCAAGGUGCGAAAUGUUGACAUCCCCAUGCUGGAUCCGUACAGGGAGGAAAUGCUGGAUAAAAACUUCAAUACGUUUAGCUUUGGGGGUCAUUUGAACUUUGAGGCUUACGUCCAGUAUCAGGAAUACUGUGGCUUCACUAAGUCCAUGGACACCCUGCGUGGCAUGAAGCUGAUGUUGAAAGGAGAAGAUGGAAAGGCAGUGGCAUGCAACAUCAAGGUGGCCUUUGACACCAGCAAACACCUCAGUGAUGCAGCCAUAAAGAAGAGAAGCCUGGAGCGGCAGAAGCUACAGGAACUAGAGCGACAGAGAGAAGAGCAGAAACGACGGGAAAAAGAAGAGGAGCAGCGACGGAAGGAGGAAGAGAGGAGACAGAAGGAACAGGAGGAGGAGGAGAAGGAAAGAAAGAAGGAGGAGAGACUGCGCAAACGAGAGCAGAAGCUGCGGGAGAAGGAGGAGAGGAAGAAUCUAAAGAAAGUGAGGAGACAGCAGGAGCAGGAGCAGAAGAAGCUGCAGGUGAAGAUCGCCAUGGAGGAGAGGAGGCUGCUGCUGGCUCAGCGCAAUCUGGAAUCCAUACGACUCAUCGCUGAGCUGCUCGCCAGAGCAAAGACGCUGAAGCAGCAGCAGCUGGAGAAAGAGAGAGCUGAACACAGGGAGCGGGAAAGGCAGGAGCAGAUUCGACAAAAAGAGGAACUGGCCCGUCUUCAGCAGCUGGAGGCCUGCCGGCGUAAGCAGGAGGAGGAGCUGCGCAGGGUGGAGGUGGAGAAGCAGCGAGCGCUGGAGCUUCAGCGAAGAGAGAAGGAGUUGAGGGACAGACUCCUGUACAACCUGAUCAAUAAGAGCAGCAAGACGACUUUAGGAGCCAAAGACACGCAGGACCAAGUGGGCCCUCUAACCGGGGAGGAGGGGUCUGGUCUCAGUGAUGUAAAGCUGGGGGUCCUGGCUCGGGUGAACGGUGUAAAGGAGGGGAACGGCAGAGAAAAGAAGGAAUCUAGAUCUCGUGUGAACUCUGAACGUUUGGGGAAAAAGAAAUCAAAGGAGAGAAGAAGAGAGGAUGGCAGGACGGAAAAGAAGGGUCAGAGCAGGGAGCGAGCGAGGGAGCACUCUCGCAGAGAGAGGAGUUCCCACAGCCGGGGGAGGCGCUCUCAGAGUUACAGCAGGAGAAGGAGCUCGAGUCGUCGCAGGAGAAGUUACAGCUGUCGCAGGAGGAGCGACRGUCAACGCAGAGGCAGGAGGCGCGCUUACUGCAGCAGCAGCAGCUCCAGCUCCAGCAGAGACAGGAGCUGGAGUGGCAGUGGGCGGAGCUACAGCAGGGGGAGGAGUCACAGGGGGAAGAGCCGCAGGCGUAGUCGCCGCAGACACAGCAGGAGGAGAUCCAGGAGCAGCAGUAAAAGCAGGGAGCGCAGGAGUCACAGCCAUCAGAGCCGAAGAUACAGGAGACACAGCAGCAGCAGGGAUCGCAGCCACUCCAGACGACGUUAAACUCAUCAGUCGUUUUUUACUGAGAGACGUACUGAACUUAAUAUUUGUGUUCAGCAGCUUACAGUUAAAGGUUUGACAUUUCUGGUCAGCUUAAUUAACAAAAUAAAUAAUAAUAAUAAUUAAAAGCAAAUUUAAAUUCACAGAAUAACUUAAAACUUGAUAAUAAAAAAAUUGAGCACGUUUAUGAAAACACUUGUUGCUGUUGAUUCCACAGAUCUGCUUCUGUACAGU